UCGUUUCGCUGAUAAAGCGCUGGAUGGUACCUGGUAUAUGUAGCACGAACAAACGUAGUCUCAAAUGAUCCCAGUUGGUGGCCGUUCAUCAAUGGGGCUCUUAUUGCCAGCUAUUUUUCAGUUGCUGCCUCUGCUGCGGUGAUGUACGAUUGGGCGCUGACGUUCGCACAAGAGGUCGAGCUGGUCUGGAGGCAACGCUGGUCCCUGAUGACCAUUCUGUAUCUCAGUGUGCGCUAUCUGGGAAUAAUGUAUGCUGUCCUAAUCAUUUUAGCUGGCAUUCCAACAAUCCCAGAGACAGAGACAGUGAGCCUUAUUAUGUACCUCGCAUCUGAUUGGACGAGUAUGGUCGUAGAGGUAUUACUGGGCGUGAUCAUUAUCACUAGGUUACAUGCCAUGUAUCAGCGAUCGAGAAUGGUGCUGAUACUUGUCGUUGUCAUCUUCCUGUCUGUCAACAUUACCUGUGUAGUGAUCGCCGCAAUAGGAAUGAGGCAUACCUUAGUGGAGGAGCUUAUUCUCUCCGGCACCUACCAGUGCAUUACUGACUUCGAGGGAGAUGCAAUUCUGCAUUCCAUGACUUGGAUACUCGGCACCGUAUGGGAGGUCCUCGCACUGUGUCUCGCAGUCUGGAUUGCCCUAAAACACUUCCGUGAACUACGUCGACAGUCAGCAGGAGGUAUUAUGGGGGACCUUUUCACGGUGUUAAUGAAAACCCACGUAGUUUACUUUGCAAGCUUUGUUGCUGUUUCUUUCUUCCAGCUCAGUUUGUUAUUCCCAACGAUCUCAGCGAACCCUUAUUCCACGAAAGCUCAUAUUUAUACUGGGAUUUCUCAAGUUUUCAUGUUCGUGCAGAUGUUUGUGCUGGGACCACGUCUGAUCCUUGGCGUUCGAGAAUAUCACGCUAAUAUCGUGGUUGACUUUGACGCAGCAACUGCCAUGACUUCAAUUGUUUUCCAGUCGCGCGUGCAUGUGUCAACUAGCAGCAUUGUAUGACACAAGAGAUGCUCAAUGUGAUUGGGCAUUAUGCAGGGAGUGGGAGAACCUUGUGCGUUUCGUCGUGAGUUGAAAGAACAAUGUCUGCACAAUCCAAUCACUUGUUGUAUCACCACUGUCGCUGCUGCCCACCCACAAGUGGC